CGCUCCCACAAGACAGGGUUGAUUCCACCUUCCACCAUGGCGACGGUCUUCCUGCGCGAGCUCUUUCUAUGCGUCGCGCUCUUUUAUGCUCUUCGGUACGUGGUUCGGCGUCUCCUCCCUCGUCGUGCUCUACCACCGGGGCCGCGAGGGUUCCCCGUCGUCGGUGCGCUCCCGCUGCUGGGAAGCACGCCGCACGUCGCGUUGGCCCGCAUGGCCAAGCGGUACGGCCCGGUCAUGCACCUCAAAAUGGGGCAGUUCGGCGUGGUCGUGGCUUCUACUCCGAGUGCGGCUCGCGUCUUCCUCAAGACCCUCGAUACCUACUUCUCCAACCGCCCCGUCGACGCCGCCCCCAUCAGGCUCGCCUACGAGGGCCAGGACCUUGUUUUUGCGGAAUACGGCCCCAAGUGGAAGCUGCUGCGCAAACUGUGCAACCUGGAGAUGCUCGGCAACAAGGCGCUCGACGCAUGGAGCGGCGUGCGGCGCGACGAGGUCGGCCACAUGCUGCGGUCCAUGAAAGCGUCGGGACGUAAGCGGGAGAGGGUGAUGCUGGGGGAGAUGCUCAUUUACACCAUGGCGAACAUGAUCGGGCGGGUGAUACUGAGUCGCCGGGUGUUCGAGACGAAGGACACGCAGGCGAACGAGUUCAAGGACAUGGUGGUGGAGCUCAUGACUUUGGCGGGGCAGGUGAACAUCGGCGACUUCAUCCCGGCGGUGGCGUGGAUGGACCUGCAGGGGUUGGAGCGACGGAUGAAGAAGCUUCACAACAAGUUCGAUUCGGUGCUCAGUAGGAUGGUGGCCGAGCACGAGGCGACCAAAAGCGACCGUGAAGGGAGACCCGAUUUGCUGGACACCGUGCUGACCAACCGGGACGGUUCGGACGAGGUGAAGCUGACGAACGAUAACAUCAAGGCCCUGCUUUUGAAUCUGUUCACUGCAGGAACGGACACCUCGACAGGGACGAUCGAAUGGGCGAUGGCGGAGAUGCUACUGAACCCGAGCAUCCUCAAGCGGGCGCAAGCGGAGAUGGACAGAGUCAUCGGCCGGGACCGGCGACUGGAGGAAUCCGACAUACCAAACCUCCCGUACCUGCAAGCCAUAUGCAAGGAAUCGUUCCGGAAGCACCCGUCCACCCCUCUCAACCUGCCGCGCAUCUCGACCCAGGCGUGCGAGGUCAACGGCUACUACAUCCCCAAGAACACCAAGCUGUUGGUCAACAUAUGGGCGAUCGGGAGGGACCCGGACGUGUGGGAAAACCCGCUGGAGUUCAAUCCCGACCGGUUCAUGACGGCGGAGGGAUCCAAGAUGGACCCGCGCGGCAACGACUUCGAGCUCAUCCCCUUCGGCGCCGGGCGAAGGAUCUGCGCCGGCGUGCGCAUGGGGGUCGUGCUCGUCCAGUAUAUGUUGGGUUCUUUGAUCCACGCCUUCAACUGGAAUCUGCCGGAAGGGGAGAACCUCGAUAUGGGCGAGACGUUUGGGAUCGCGUUGCAGAAGACCGUGCCGGUGGCGGCCAUGGUGAGCCCUCGAUUGGCAGCGAGCAUCUACGAGUAAUCGACGACGUGUGGAGAUGAUCAGAACAGUGGAUGAGUCCGUCACCUUUAAGAAUAAGGUUGGAAGAUAGUGGUCGAUCGGGUGUGUAAGACUAGUCUGUUGCGACACUGCGUCGAAUUUACCAUAUGAAAUCUAUAAGAUUUGAAGGCAUCUUUUCUUCUAUGUUAUGAUGUUUUAUGAUA